ACAUUUCUCUUUUCUAUCACGUGGUGUUGAGAAAACAACAAAAUUUUAAGUUGGAUAACCUGCAAAUAUUUGGUGAUUAGUUCAUAGAGGGCGCAACAAUAAUCUUCUUCAAAUUUUUUCUACAUCUGUUAUACCGAUAUUGCAGCUGAGUUCAGUAGUUUGCAAAAAAAGUAAAAAAUAACAGCGACACUUCCAAUCAAAUCAAUUCGCUUUAACAUAUAUUUUACUCUCAGUCUUCUAAUUGUAAUUACUAACAAAAUUAGACAAUUUGCAACCCAUAAAAGCUUCGUGACAAAAGUGCCCUCUCGUACAGAAUACUGGAAGGUAGCCAGGUAUAUAAAAACGAGCCACGUUCCGUUUAUUCGGUCAUUUCGACCAAGCAUUUUGUGAGUGUAAUAUUGGCCGACUAAGUUUAAUAGUACCACGUGUUAACAUCUAUUGAAUUUUUUUAAAUCAAUUUAAAUCAUUACUCCAAUACAUAAAAGCUUAUAGAAUUCACUACUACGUUCUUACAUAAUAAAAGGGAAAAAGAGAAUUCUACAGACAGGAUGGCUGAUUAUGUUAUUGGUGAAUCAACAAAAACAGCAGAUAUUCCACUUCCAGCUGAUGGCUUUUCUGCAGCGCAAUUGUUUUCAACUGGAGAAGGAUUAACUUAUAAUGAUUUCAUAAUUCUUCCUGGUUAUAUUGAUUUUGUCGCUGAUGAUGUUGAAUUAGUAUCACCACUAACUCGUAAAAUCAUGCUAAAAGUUCCUCUAGUAUCAUCACCAAUGGAUACUGUAACUGAAUCAGAUAUGGCUAUUGCUAUGGCUCUUUCUGGAGGUAUUGGAAUCAUUCAUCAUAAUUGUUCCCCAGAGUAUCAAGCUUCUGAAGUUCAUAAGGUUAAAAAAUAUAAACACGGUUUUAUUAGAGAUCCUGUAGUGUUUUCUCCUAAUCAUACUGUUAGAGAUGUAUUAAAUGUUAAAGCUGAGCAUGGAUUUUGUGGAGUACCCAUAACAGAGAAUGGAAAAAUUGGAGGCAAACUUGUUGGUAUUGUAACAUCGAGAGAUAUUGAUUUUCUCGAGGAAUCUGCUAAUCAACAGAAUGUUAAAUUAGAAACUGUAAUGACAAAAUUGGAAAAUCUCAUCACCGCUAAGUCCGGAGUAACCCUUCAAGAAGCCAAUUCAAUUCUUGAGAAAUCGAAAAAGGGGAAACUGCCAAUAGUCAAUGAGAAAGGAGAAUUAGUUUCUUUAAUGGCAAGAACUGAUUUGAAGAAAAAUCGUAGCUAUCCUAAUGCUAGUAAAGAUGAAAACAAACAGCUACUUGUUGGAGCAGCAAUUGGAACUAAAAAUACAGAUAAAGAACGAUUACAAUUGUUGGCAGCUGCAGGAGUUGAUGUUGUCGUGUUGGAUUCAUCUCAAGGAAAUUCAAUAUUUCAAAUCGAAAUGAUUAAAUACAUUAAAUACGAAUAUCCUCAGCUUCAAGUAAUAGCUGGAAACGUAGUUACCACAGCUCAAGCUAAAAAUUUAAUUGAAGCAGGAGCUGAUGGACUUCGAGUUGGUAUGGGAAGUGGUUCAAUUUGUAUUACUCAAGAAGUUAUGGCUGUCGGUCGUCCACAAGCCACUGCUGUAUAUAAAGUAGCUGAAUAUGCUAGAAUGUUUGGAGUUCCUGUUAUUGCUGAUGGUGGAAUUCAAUCAGUUGGACACAUUAUUAAAGCUCUUAGUCUCGGUGCCAGUACUGUGAUGAUGGGAUCACUUUUAGCAGGAACAUCAGAAGCACCUGGUGAAUAUUUCUUUAGUGAUGGUGUUCGUCUAAAAAAAUAUAGAGGAAUGGGAUCAUUAGAAGCAAUGAAUCGAAAAGAUGCCAAAGGUUCUGCUAUGGAUCGAUAUUUUCAUAAUGAAAUGGAUAAAAUGAAAGUGGCUCAGGGUGUUAGUGGCUCUAUUGUUGAUAAAGGAAGUAUUUUGAAAUUUUUACCAUAUUUACAAUGUGGUAUCAAACAUGGUUGCCAAGACAUUGGAGCAAGAUCAGUAUCAGUUUUAAAAUCAUUAAUGUAUAGUGGUGAACUUAAAUUCGAAAGACGAUCACACUCAGCCCAAUUAGAAGGAAACGUUCAUAGUUUAUUCUCUUAUGAAAAAAGGCUCUACUGAUUUGACGAUGUCACUAAAAAUCCAUCAGUACCUGCACUUGGUUCCGAAUGAUUAGUAUUUUAAAACUAGAUUUAAUAUUUUAAUGACCAUUCGAAAUUCGGAUACAUAAUUAAAUUUUCAUACUUAUUUUCAUAAGUAAAUGGUAAUAAUAAAAAAAUAAUUUACAGAUGCAUUCAAAGGUUAGUUAUAAUUUUUGGAAAAUUAGAAUUGCUUCCAAUUGUAAGCACUGAAUCUAUAAAUCAUGUGAUAUCUACCUGUAAUCUCCAUAAUCAUUAAUUAAUUUCCUUUAUGAAUAUAUAAAUUUUUAAGUAUUUACUUUUAGAUGACUCUUAAACUGAAAGUUGAUAAAUAUUAAUGUAUUCUAACUGAUAUGCCAAACUGAGGGAUCAUUGUAACGUAAAAAACAUUGUUAAAUUUCAAACAAAUUAAUUUGAUAAGAAAAAUUUAUAAUAUAAAUUUUGUAAUGGAAUAUUAUUUUUUUGUAUUCCACGAAGAAA